AUGACUCGUGCAUUCUCCAAGCUCAAGCAACUGGUCCAAUUGCACCAGGAAGAUACUGACCUACCUCCCGAUCGAUGGCAGAACCGCGAUCUUGUACCGCUUCCUCCAAGCAGAAGACAAUGGAAAGACUUGGAUUUCAUCGGUCUAUGGAGCACGGUAUUCCUGACCAUCUACGGCUGGCAAGCGACCGCAUCGGUGCUCUCUUUUGGGCUUAACGUUUGGCAAUCCGUUAUCUGCACAAUCAUUGCGCGUCUAAUACAGAUUGCCAUUGUGUUAAGUCUAGGAUGGAUUGGUGGCGUAUGGCACAUCUCUUACACUGUCCAGUCGCGAUACACGUUUGGAAUAUGGGGUUCCCUGUUCCCUAUUCUCCUUCGAGUGGCGGUUACAUGUGUUUGGUACGGCAUCCAGAGCUUCACGGGUGGCCUUCUGAUUAGUUGCCUGCUGUCAACCAUUUUCCCAACCUUCCAGAGGCUGCACAAUACUCUGCCCGCCUCGGCAUCCAUGACCACGAAACAAUUCGUCGGCUUCAUCCUUUACAACGUCGUUGCCAUCCCUCUCCUCUAUCUACCCCCCGACAAGCUCCGCAUUCCUCUACGAGUCGCCCUCGUUGCCAGCGGUGCUACUAUCUUUGGCCUCUCAAUCGGUCUCAUGGCCGCCGCCCGCGGUGUUGGAAACUACAUCAGCGCCGGAGCCACCGCCUCUGCCGGACCCGAGCUGGGCUGGGCUUUUGUUCAUGGCAUAACUGCACUUAUUGGUGGAAAUGCAGUCGGCAUGACCAGCCAGACGGAUUUCUCUCGUUUUGCAAAGCGCCCCGGGAAUCAGGUCUGGGGUCAAACAUUUGGCGUGCUCUUCUUCGGCAUCGUCGUCCCCGUCUUCGGUGUCCUGGGAACUUCCGCUGCUUCGAAAAUGUACGGAGACGUUGUCGAGUUAGGACUCUGGAACCCUCCGAAUAUUGUCCAACUCUGGUUGGAUACCGACUACAGCCCCAAGAUGCGCGCCGCCUCCUUCUUCGUCUCCCUUGGCCUCCUCCUCAAUAUCCUUGCCCUCAACUCCGUCGAGAACGGUGUUUCUGGCGGUAUGGACUUUGCUGGACUCUGGCCCAAGUACAUCAAUAUCCGCCGAGGCUCAUACCUCAUCGCCGUCGUCUCUAUCCUCCUCAACCCAUGGCAGAUCAUCGCCAAGGCGUCCACAUUCACCGCUGCACUUAGUAGCUUCGGCAUCAUCCUGGGUCCUAUGAUGGGUGUCUUCACGGCUGACUACUAUCUGGUUCGGAAGCAAAAGGUGAAGCUGUCGGACCUAUACCAUGCUAGACCGGAGGGGAUCUAUUACUUCUUCAAGGGCAUUAACUUCCGCUCCUACAUUGCUUGGAUUCUGGGCUUCGCGCCAUCUAUCGGAGGUAUGGCGUCCUUGGACGCUAAGAAUACAAUUCCUAUUGGCCUGGUCAGGACUUUUUAUCUGGGAUUCAUCAUCGGAUAUCUAAUUUCCUUCCUGGCGCACUGGGGUCUCAAUAUUGUAUUCCCGCCUAAGGGGCUAGGAGAAAUUGACAGUCAUGAUGUGUUUGGCACUUUUACACCGGAUGAAGCAGCCAAGCUUGGAAUUGAAGCUUCUAUCAAGGAUGGCAGAGACUUUACGGCAGAAGAUGCUGCUGCUGCAGAGAAGAAUGAUGAGAUCCAGAGAGACUCGUUGGAAUAA